AUGAUAGACACAUUCUCCCAGAAUCAAGAAGUCCACAUCGCAAAAACAAAACCAAGAACAAGAACCCAAUCCACCCACACGUCCAAAAUCAACAAACGAGGCAGUAAGAAAAAAGCACAUGUCGCUCCUUCCCUCGAAACAAAUCUCCCAAGAAACAACCCCUUCACUCCAACAAAUAUGUCCCUGCCCUCAAACCCAGCUUCAUUACACCCUACACAUGUUCCUCCUUCAAUACCUUCACAUCCUGACACAGGACUUGCGUCGAGUUCCUACCCAAAUUACUAUCCGAGUCCGACGAAUGUGUCUUGGAGUAGCUUGGGUGAUGGAAAUGGCGCAAACUCUCUAUUUCGAACAACAGAAGGAGGGAGGCUGGGUGAGAAGGUGGAGGUGAUUUCGGAGUCAUUCAGUCAGGAUGAACAACACAGAGAUCCGUGA